UGCGCGCGACCGAACACGAGAUUACGAAUACUGAUGUAAUAAGCGACCAUAAACAACCCUCAAUGAAUUUCAGCCUCGGUCUUCAGCUUUAUACUCUUCGUACGACAAGAUCUGUUCACUUAUCAUUCGUUUACAUCGAUGAAAAAGAGACAGGUGGGGGUCAACCCUUUCUUAGCACUUCGUGCCAACUUAUAGAAAAUACAACAUUAAGAACUCUGGCUGUAUGAGGGUGUUGUGGACAGUAUCUGAGUGGUAACAUACGAAGAAAUUACUUUGGUAUGCAAAGUUUGAGGUAGUCUCACUGUAAAAGAAUUCCAGCCAUGUCAAAAACUGAGUCAGACAAAGAAAACGUUGAUUCAGCUAAAAUGGCAGAGCCGACAUCAAAGGCAAACGGAAACGAUUUGCCUGGGAGCUCCUCUGGGCCUCAGAACUUGGCCCUCAACACGCACAAGGCAGGAAUGGAAGGCUUAGACACAGAAAAGAUAAAUGAAAUUAUCAAGAAGGCAUCAGAAGGGUCUCGGUUUUACCAACACAAGCAAAAAUGCCAACAGCGCCUUGAUGCAAAGAUAGUGGAAAUGAAGCGAGCAGCGGAAGCCUUCUCUGAGGAGCAGAUUAAGAAAGCAACGCUGCAGAUGGAUCACCUUGUGAAUGAAUUAGAAUCCAGGAGGGAUCUCACACACACAAUUGUGCAUGUAGAUAUGGACAUGUUUUAUGCUGCAGUAGAAAUGCGAGAUGAUCCAUCUCUAAGGGACAAGCCAAUGGCAGUUGGGAGCACAGGAAUGCUCUCCACAAGCAACUAUGCCGCCAGGAAGUUUGGCGUUCGAGCUGCCAUGCCAGGCUUCAUUGGCAAAAAAUUGUGUCCUGAUCUUGUGAUUGUUAAACCAGAUUUCACAAAAUACAAGCAAGCUAGCAAGGAGAUCCAAGAGAUAUUUUCUCAGUAUGAUCCCAAUUUUUGCCCCAUGUCCUUGGAUGAGGCAUAUCUGGAUAUAACAGAAUACUUAGUUAAGAAUGCACAUGUGCUUGAGAUAGAGGAUGAAGAUUGCGAGACUCCAGCAGAACGUGUUGUAAACGAGAUGAGGAGGAAAAUCCAGGAGAAGACAAAGCUAACAGCAAGCGCAGGCAUUGCACCCAACACACGCCUUGCUAAAGUCUGCAGUGACAUGAAUAAGCCUAAUGGGCAGUAUUACCUACCUCCAGAACGCCAACGGAUUUUGGAUUUCAUAUCCUCAUUACCAAUACGUAAGGUAUCUGGCAUUGGGAACGUGAUGGAACAGCAGCUGUCUGCAAUUGGUGUGAACAUAUGCUCUGAUCUGAUGAAAAAGAGAGGGCUCCUGAAAUUACUCUUUUCUGAUAUCAAUUAUAACAACUUUCUCAGAAUUACUCUGGGAUUAGGACACACAACCCUCAGCACCUGGACAGAAAAAGACCGCAAGUCCAUUAGCACAGAAACCACCUUUCGAGGCACUGCAGAUCGCAAUGUGCUCUUCACCAUCACCAAGGAUCUCUGCCAAGAACUUGCAGAUGAAAUGUCUCAGAAGGAUAUAUUUGGUAAAGUUUUCACUCUCAAGUACAAGACAGUAGACUUUCAGAUUAGAAGUCGUGCACACACUUUCCCAGAUGCUGUUCAAACAACAGAGGUAAUGGCAACUACUGCUCGGAGAAUCCUCCAACAUGAGAUGGAUGUAUCGCCACAGCCAUUAGCUCUGCGACUUAUAGGGGUGAGGAUGUCUAAUCUCCUGAGUUCUUCUGAAAUUGGACCAAACCGACAGUCAACACUAACUCAGUUAUUCUCAAAUAACAAUGCCAGUUGUGCCGCAAAGCAUUGCUCUGAAGACAAGAAGUCCACACAUUCACAAAAGAAUAAUGGUGAAAACCAGGUAUCUGCUCAAAGUAGCAUGUCUGAGAAUAUUAACAAGAAGUCCAUUGCAAAUCAGGGCUUGAAAAAUGCAUCCAUUGGGCAGUAUCUUUCAAAAGCUCAAACCAUAAAAAGUCCUGUCAAAAAGAUUAGCUAUGAAUGUCCAGUUUGUGGAGACUCUGUUGAAGUUCCAAGUCUUGUGGAGUUUAAUGAGCAUGUAGAUUUAUGCUUGUUACAAGGAUCAUCAGUAAAUGUCCAGUCACUUGAAGAUUCCAAAAAGUUAAGACAUGAGGAGAAAAGAGUGUUUAACAUUAAUACAAUAGAUACAGAGGAACCAAGUAACAAAGAAAAAUUAAGACACACUGAGAGUUUAAAAGAAACAUUACAAUAUACACAGAGCUGUUCAACCUCAGCUUUCUCAAAUAACAGCAGCUCCAGAGGCAUAUAUACUUUUUCUGACUAUGAAAGUGAUGAAGACUUGGAUUUUCUUGAAGAUAAUGAUAACCUUUCCAGUGACUUAAGAAUAUCAUGUGAUAGGCAAGAAGAUGAUGAGAGAAAUUCAAGUAAUACUGAGUGCAAACUCUCAUGUCCCAUCUGUGAGGAAGAGUUUGAAAACAUCACUGCUUUGAAUGGACAUGUUGAUGAGUGUUUGAGCAAGAGCACAAUAAAUGAGAUCUUGCAACAAAGUACAUCACAGACAAGCCAGUUAAAACAAAGUAAUAAUCAUCAUGCAAAGUCAAGCUGCAAGAGAAAAGGAAGCAGCAUAAAUAAGCAAGCCAAAAAGAUAAAACCUGUAAACAAUACCAUUGAAAGAUUUUUUUCUUCCUGAUAAAUAAUAAAAAGAAAACAUUCUUCACUGAAAGACUGAUCUGUGAUAAAUGGAUUGUGAUACUGAACAUUGGGUAUGUGCAUAUAAUUUCUACUACAUGACCAUAGUAUUUUUUAAUCAACUUUAAUAUAAACAAUAUAAUUAAUAUAUUUGUUGCCAAUUCGUAGUCAAAGGUGAGACUUGUAUCUUCUCAAAGUAAAAAUACAUGAAUUAUUCACACAGUGUAUUUGAAAAAUAAAGAUUGAUUGCAAACAUCUUUCAUUUUUAUGGUUUAUGUUUGUGUGUAUUAACUUGUUCUGAUAAAAACACAAAAUGUACAUUUUAUAUCAU